AUGCAGCGCGGUCGGCGGCACGGCGAGAGGGCAGCGCGGCAACCGGGGGCAGGCGGCGGCGUGUCGUUAUUGGGGGACGAUUUCUUCGAUCUGUUCGACUCCGCCGGAUUCGAGGACGACGAUCUCUUUGGCUCGCCCAGGUCCAGCCCGUCGGCACUCGGCUCGGUGCUCGGCGGCGAGAGGCCGGUGAAGGCGGCGCCGAUAGAGCACAAGCUGCCGUGCACCAUGGAAGAGCUUUACGCGGGGACAACCAGGAGGAUGAAGAUCACCAGGCUCGUCGCCGACGCCGACGCCAGUGGCACCGGGGGAACGGUCCCGGCAGAGGACAUCGUGACGAUCGAGGUGAAGCCGGGGUGGAAGAAGGGCACGAGGAUCACCUUCCCGGAGCGGGGGAACGAGCGGCCCAACACGGUCCCGGCCGACGUGGUCUUCGUCGUCGACGAGAAGCCGCACCUGGUGUUCGCCCGGGACAGCGACGACCUCGUCGCGACGUGCAGGGCGCCCCUGGCCGGGCGCGCCAUGCACCUGACGGCGCUCGACGGGCGCGGCCUCACGGUGCCCGUCAGCAGGUCGGCGGUCCGCCCGGGGUGCGAGGUGGUGGUCCGCGGCGAGGGCAUGCCCGUCCCCAGGAAGCCGUCCAGGAGGGGCGACGUGCGGGUGAGGUUCGACGGCAACUAA